GAGAGACCUACUCAACAUGGCGACCUCAUCUGCAUCUAAUCUGGAAAUAGAAAAGGGAAGUAAUAGACGUCGGAAUGAUCUUCCGCGUACACACAAGUGUGGCGAGUGCGACAAGGAGUUUCGUCGACUGAUUGAAUUGAAGAGACACGUGCGUACUCACACUGGCGAAAAGCCUUUUAGGUGCGGGGACUGCGGUAAACAGUUUGGUGACCUGAGUAAUCUGAGGAGGCAUAUGGGGACUCACACCUGUGAGAAACCUUACAAAUGUGAGGAUUGCGGCAGACAGUUCAGUGAGCUGAAUACUCUGAAGAGUCAUAUGCGGACUCAUUCCGGCGAGAAGCCCUAUAAGUGCAAAGAAUGCGGAAAACAGUUUAGUGAGCUGACUAGUCUGAAGAGGCACAUACGGACUCAUACCGGUGAGAAGCCAUAUAGGUGCGAUGAAUGCAGCAAACAGUUUAGUCAGCUGGGUAAUCUGAAGAGGCAUAUGAGGACUCACACUGGUGAAAAGCCCUAUAGGUGCGAUGAAUGUAGUGAACAGUUUAGCAUGCUUGCUAAUCUGAAGCGGCACAUGCGAACUCACACUGGUGAAAAACCUUACAAAUGUGAGGAGUGCGGCAGACAGUUCAGUAAGCUGGAUAAUCUGAAGAGUCAUAUGCGGAAUCAUUCCGGAGAGAAGCCCUAUAAGUGCAAAGAAUGCGACAAACAGUUUAGUGAGCUGACUAGUCUGAAGAGGCACAUACGGACUCAUACCGGUGAGAAGCCAUAUAGGUGCGAUGAAUGCAGCAAACAGUUUAGUCAGCUGGGUAAUCUGAAGAGGCAUAUGAGGACUCACACUGGAGAAAAACCGUACAGAUGUGAGGAAUGCUUCAGACAGUUCUCUGCGAUGGGUGAUUUAAAAACCCACCUGCGGACUCACACCGGCGAGAAACCUUUCAAGUGUUAG